CUGGAAAGCCUAGCCGUGGCAGCCAUUUUGGUUAUUAUUGUUGUAGCCUAGAGGGUCACGAAUUAUCAGUGAACAUCGCCAUCGUCAGUGAGCUUAUUCUGAAAUAUUCCGGGAUAUUGUGAUACUAGGUGUUCAAGUUCCACAAAUUUUCACUCGUCACCAUCCUCACGUCUUCUCCGGGUUCAGCUCCUUGUUGGUCCUUCGCAGCAGUGAACCGAGCUCAAAGAUGGCUUGCGCUACGUUAAAACGUUCACUUGAGUUUGAUCCUGUACAUAGCCAUGGCCGACCAUCCAAACGGCAAAGAUGUCAACCUAUGUGCGUUUCACCAAAUUCUUCACCCAAAAGUGAACCGAUUGCGCCACCUUCUGCUUUCUCUGAAGUUUGCCCCAAGCUAACUCCAGAAAUGAUGGCAGCAACUAUCAGAGAGGAAGUUCAGCGAUUGCAGCGUAGGCGUCAGAUGAAUGGACAGUCUCAUGACACUGAUGGCUCGUCAGAAGCUUUGGAAUCAUUGUCCUCCACAUCCUCUCUGCUGUCUCCCAGCACCAUGGACAAGCCCCUUUUCACAUUCAGACAGGUUGGAAUCAUAUGUGAGCGAAUGCUUCAUGAACGAGAGGUGCAAAUCAGAGAAGAGUAUGACCGUGCUUUGAACUACAAACUUUCAGAACAGUAUGAAGCAUUCGUGAAGUUCACAAAUGACCAACUUCAGAAGCAAUUUCAAGCAAAUACUGCUCCCAGCUAUCUUUCGUGAGAUUCAAGAAUAUUUACGAUUUGCUGAAUCAGGUAUUCCUGGAACAAGUUUGGUACACCUUUUAUACCAAGAAAUUGUCUUUGUAGUUUGUGAACCUGCCCCUCAAUUUUUAUGGAAAGGCUUAUAUUAUUAAAAUCAGUAAUUCAGGACUUAAGUUUUCUCAAUGCCAUGAUUAACUCUUAUCCCAAAGUUUCUGUAGCAUGUGACAGUGUCAUGUUGGUUACAUCUAAUGUAAGGCCAUUUUCCCGUCUUAUUAUUUUAAGAUUUUACAAUAUCACAACUAAUCUAAAGUGAUCUAGGUUUAUACAAGGUACUAUUAAUAGUUAUUUGCCAGUUUGAAGGAGCAGUCUCUAUGACUGAUGGUGAUAUUGGAGCUUUUAAAUAUAUAAUUUGAAUAUUUUCAUCACUCUUAUCUCUGGCAAGGAACAAUUGGAGGGGUAGGGAGGGGACAAUAUUAAAUAAAAACAAAGCUUUUACGAGUCUUUCCACUUCCAACAGGCAUACCUUGAGCCAAAUUUUGUGUUCAAAUGAGGUAAGGGUAUUAUUAGAUUUAGAUUAAUUGGGUAUUUCAGAUGCAGAGUCUUUUUUCGUCUUAAGUGACAAUUACUUUUGUAACAAUGCUUUUUAAAAUUUCAAGUGUUAUUACGAAUUAAGAACUUGGUAGGAUAGCAGGAGAGAAGGGCAGUUUAAAUGUUAUCUUGUUGAGUUAAUUAUUACAUCUGUUUUCUUUCUUUUCAUCUUGUGCGGACGAUUUCAAACUCUUCAAAUGAUAUUGCUUGAUUUGCAUCCCAGAUGUACCAAGUUUCUAGUGUAAGACAAAGCAUUAUUUUUCAUCUUAACAUGCUUUAAAGACCUAUAUUCGAUUUUAUCUAAGUGUUUCCCCCUUAUUUCAGUGCUAUGUUAAAAUUCACUUAAUGUGCAUCAUUCUCAAAGAAACAUCUUUUUUUGUUCUUUUUGUUAUUUAUGUAAUUUUUAGCACUAAGUAUAUCUUAAGUUAAAAUUGUUCUCUUGAUGUUUGUUGUCUUUAUUAUUCUGUUGCCUUUCAGUUUUAUGCCUCAGUUUCCUGCAAGUCAUUGCAUUCAUGAAGUCUUGUUAUCUGAGCCUUAUACUGGACUGUCUGGUUGAAGAAAUUGAUGGUGAACAGAGAACUACAUGUAAUAUAGUAUUGAAUGCUCAAUUGUGUUAAUGCACAUGAUUUGUUAAAUUUGGAAGAUUUAAGACCCUGUCCUUUUCAGAAAGUGCAAACCAUAUUCUUCACAUGGUGUACUGGUGUACAUACAAAGUAUAUUUUUAACAAGUAACUUUAAUUCCUCAAGCCACUCACAAAUCGGUUUGGCAUUGUAUCUGAAAGGUGAAAUUAAGUGAUUAGUAAUCUCUCAAUUUGAUGACACCAUGUUGAUCUGUGAUUUACCUCUCAUAUAUCCGUAUACAAAAUUUUCUUGUUAACAAUUGGAGAACAUGGCAACUCAUACCUCAAACAUUUUGUUGCUGGAUGCUAAUGGGUCCUAGGACUUCUUAAAAUUAAUUCUCAGGGGUGUGAUAAAAAAAACAACAGUAAUUUUGUUUUGUUUCCCCCCAUUUUUUUUUCAUUUUUUUUGUUUGUAGACAUGCAAAGUUCCCACCUUAGUAAUAAGAGCAUUUGUUGUAGUGGAAACUCUGCUGUACAUUAUGUAGUUUUAAUAAAAUGUAACAGUUUUCAAUGUUAAUUGCAGCCUGGAUUUGUAAACUUGUGAACAACAUUCAUUAUUAAUAAGCUGUUUUUGUUGGGAGAAAACAUAGUUAUUGCGAUAUUUAUAUUAAAUUUUUGUAUCAGCGUAACCAUUUUUAUGAUGGUAAUUUGUGUGAAUGCUCUGCAAUAAAGGAAGACAAUCAG